AUGUCCGCUCCCAAGAUCAUCCUUUACACCAACCGCCUGUGCCCAUGGGCUCACCGCGCCCACAUCGCGCUCAAGGAGUCUGGCCUCGACUUCGAGGAGGUCACCAUUGAUCUUGACACACCCCGCGAACCCUGGUACCUGGAGAUCAACCCACGUGGCCAAGUUCCCACUCUCUCCUACAACGGUACUAUCAUCAGAGAAUCUGGCAUCAUCGCCCAAUUUAUCGCCGAUGCCCACCCCUCCAACCUUCUGCCUCCGUCCGGCCCAGCCGAGAACGCCCUCUUCCGCGCUCGCCUCUCCUUCUUCGUCGACUCUUUCUUCAGCAAGGUCGUUCCUCACUUCUUCGCUAGUGUGCGCUCUGCCUCUGAGGAAGAGCGUGAUGGUCAUGCAGAGGCACUGGUUGCCGCUGUUGUGAAGGAGGUUGAGCCUCUUCUUGCGGAUACGGAUGGCAAGGGACCAUUCUUUGGAGGAAACGAGAAGAUCACACUGGCUGAGGCCCAAUCUGGAUCCUUCCAGCUUCGUAUAAUGGGCUUCACUAAGCCUGAGCAUGGACUGGUUAGCAAGAAUCUGCCUGGCCUGCUUGAGGCCCAGGCACCACGAUUCAAGCGCUGGGCCGAGGCUGCAGCUCAGCAGGAGAGUGUGACCUACAUGUUUGAUUUGAAUGCUGUUGCGAACCGGAUGCGGGCUCGGUAUGCGCCUAAGAACUGA